AUGAUGAUGAUGUACUCUAUCUUCACAGGGAUAAAUGCUGCCCCUCCUACUGCCCAUCAUCAGCGGGUACAGUUCUUGGCUGAGCCCAUCAGUGUUGUGGCUGAGGGUUCCAGUGAGCUCACCCUGUCUGCAGCCUCUGUCCCUUUGCUGGCCCACCACCCUCUGGUGAGUGGACCUGAGUUCCAGUACAUACGAGCAGCAGUGGGUCAUCGACUGGAUGCAUUCUCCUCGGGAGUUCUAGAUGGGACUUUCUUUGUUGGCCAGGCAAACAAGGCUUUGACUGAUCUCUACAGAUCUCAUGUCACUAGAGAUUAUACAUUGGAGGGUGAAUUCGGGAUGGCCACAGACUUCUCUCACACAGGCCGCCUCAUAGAGAGAACCACAUAUGAACCAUCUCUGCCGCACUACACCAAUCAAGCCUUUAUGGUGGACAUGAACACCCAGGAGGCCUAUGAGCUGGCUGCGAAGGGGAAACUCCAUCCCGACUGGAACUCUCCCCCUAUUAUGACAGGCCUGCGUUUAUUACACUUCCAACCACCCCACUAUACCUUGGAGGUGCAGUGUUUGAAUGAAACCCAGCGAUACCUGUGCAGAAUCUUGCAUGAGGUGGGCUUGGAGCUCCGCAGCACGACUGUAUGUAAAGCAGUGCGCCGCACCAGUGACGGACCCUUCACCGUACAGCACGCUUUGACCCGCCAACACUGGACUGCCCCUGAUGUUACACAGGCCAUCCACCAGUCCAGGAAGGCUAGAAAAUCCAAGAGCACACAGCCAGGGGAGAAUACAGGAACAGCCAGGGGAAGACAGGAAAUAGAGGAAGAAGCAGCAGUCACUGGUGAUUCCCACCGGUUACACUUGGUAUUGACCUCAAAAGCAUUUGUCUCUUGA